AUGGGCUUCAUCACUUCCAAGGCCAUCAUCGGCCUUCUCGCCGUCAGCGCCAAUGCCCUUCCUCAAGCCCUUCCAACAUCAGCCCAGGCGGCUGAACCUACAUCUUCAUACACGGCAAACCCCAAUGUCGGCCCCGGAGGCUCCAACUUCAAAGACUCAGCCCACUUCCGCGUCUACGGAGGAUCCGCCGAAGAUACCGACAAAACCCUAUCCAUGCUCGAAGCCGCCUUUGAUUGCUUCGUUGGCACACUAAAGUGGCGAUCUUCCGGUCUUUCUUUCAAUGAUCAGACUGACAGUGGAGAGCUGCACAAGACCAAUGUUUACGCUGUUUCCAAGUUGGAUGGUGCGGCGGGUGUUAUGCACUCUGAUAUGCAGGCUGGGUCUGCUUGGUUGGAGGUUGUGAAUGAGUACCUCGCCGUUCCAGGCGUGACAGUUCAUGAGUAUGGUCAUGGACUGCAUUAUCAUCAGCAAAACUGGGUAGACCAGACGAAUACUGGCGCUUGGUGGGAGACUCUUGCCAACUGGGUCGCCGACACGUACAAAACCUCCGACAUUUGUGCCGCCGUCCGAAAGGCCCACGGUCAAGAGGCAGAGCCUACCGAGAUCGAGCUUCAGAAGCUUCUUGGCGACGCUCACCAAGUCAUCGUCGAUGGAACACCCGAGUCUGGCAACUACUACCAAGCCUGGCCUUUUCUGGCGUACUUGACCAACAACCCUGAUGACUUCGAGGGUUUGGGUCAAGAUACCAUUCUUCAGAUGCAGGUUCAGUAUGAGAAGGGCAGCAACGAGACACCUCUUCACACUCUUGCUCGCGUCUCCAAGAACGCGACUGUCGGGGACAUCGUCGGUCGUUACUGGGCACGCAUGGUCUACGUUGACAUCGGCCAUUCUACAGCCCAAGAAGUCUUCUUCCAGCAGCGCGCAGAACUUGGCGUCGCUUACGUCGAUGCUUCCGGCGAUGGAUACAAGCCCAUUGCUGAUCGCUCACCUCGAUACAUGGGUGCUAACAUCAUUCCUCUCGACGUUACCGGUGAGAAGGUUGAUGUCAAGGUUGUCGCUGAGGGAGAAUUUGUGGCGACUGUUGCUGUUUACCACGAGGAUGGCACUACAUCCUACACUACUCUGGCUGAUGGUGCUGCUAGUGUUGCUGUUACGGCUGGAGAUGAUGUUACCGUUGUUGUUGCGAAUGCCCCUGCUAAGGCUAUUAUGUACAAUGGGUUUGAGUUGACCGAGGAGGUUAACAAGGGUCUGGAUUAUACCCUCACUCUCAACGGCGCCACUCCUAAGUUUUAG